UAAAUUAGUAUGAUGACAUUCUUCUUCGACAUGUUGUCCAUCAAGUGUCUGCUAUUAUGCGCACUAAUGGCGUCCCAAACGAUGGCCGAGGAGGCGGUGCAGAAGGGCCUCCAUAUGAGGGACAUCUAUAAAGCGCUCAAAGAUGGCCUCAAAGUGAUGACUGAGAUUCCCAAAGCACUCAUGUCUACCAUUGAUGGCGUACUUUUGGCUUUG